CCAAAAGAUGCAGUUUCCUCCGCAAUGCCCCGUUUUCUUUCUGGCUUUGAGAAAUUUCCAAACGAAACACUGCAUAGUCGUCUUCUACGAGUUUACAGAUAUCUGCCACGGCUGCAUUCGCUAGCACCUCCAAGAUCGAGGCUAUUUGAGUGUGAAAAACCAUACAGUUCUCCAUUGUUAGCACCUAGCUAGCUAGGGUUACCUAGAUAACAUCUGUCAACCAAGUCCUGUCUCCAACGCGAAUUAAACAAUACCCGGGGUACGUAUGCGAUGUUGUGCAGUUAAACGUCAUAAUUUGAGUCCUAUGGUGUUCAGAAAAGGUCUAAAUAAAAACCGUAAAAACGCUAACGUGGAAAUUGUUGUUGGCCACUGUUCAUUUCCGUUUAAACUAUGAUGCCAACCAAUAACAUCCUCUCUCUUCAAUGUAAAGGGUGUGGCUAAAUGAAAAGUUGUGCGCGCUGCUCUUUGAACUACGGUACUGUUGACGUAAACUACCAGUGUUUCCCAAACCAGGGGCCUGUUGCACAAAAGUAGAAUUAAGACAUCCGGGAUAAAUGACUCAGCUGAGCUCAAUGAAGCCAAAACAUGUGCGUCCAGGCUUAAUUGGUUGCACAAAGACCAAGCCAGGAUGAGCAGACACGGAUUCAUUAAGCCAGGUGAAACCAAUCCUGGAUAGGUGCGCGCUCACGGCUCACUCAAAUAGACCCCGCCACAGAUCACAGAUUAACUGAUUUACCAUGGCAACUAGAGCCGCGUACUUUUCCCCGUCGGAAGCACAAAUCCUCAUGGAGGCAUACGAGGAGGUAAAAGAUAUAAUUAAGAAGAAAGGCAACACCGCCACAGUGAUAAAGCAAAGAGAAAAAGCGUGGCAAAGUAUUGCAGACCGCCUGAAUGCAUUAAACAUGAACGGGCCAAAACGGACAUGGCAGCAGGUCAAAAUCAAAUACAAGAACAUUCUGCAGAAUGCAGUGAAAAAGAAUACCCACAGACAAGGCACGGGUGGUGGGUCACCAAAGGCUGACCUUACCCCAGCAGAGGACAUGGCCUUGGAGCUAAAUAAAGGCAGGCCCGUCUUAGAGGGGAUCCCUGGGGGGAAAGAGACGAGCAUAGGUUCCUCCCAAGAUGCCACCCGCUUCAUUCAAGUGUCUGGCAGCACUGUGUUCCUGUUAGAGCCACCAGCACAAGCACCAGACGAUGCUGAUCCAGGUGAAGGCCCCAGUGCAGCAGCAACAGCACAUGAUGGAGACGAUGAUGAUGAGGAGGAGACCAUCUCUCUGGAUUCCAGAAGGCAUGAGGACCCAGAUGCUAUACAGUGGGAAAACCAGCCUGGCAACAUAAGCUCACAAGCUAUCAGAAAGUUGUAUGGCAACCACCUCCGGCGCCAAAUAGAACUGGCAGACAUAGACAUUCAGUACAAGAAGAAAAAGAUGGAAAAUCUUGCACUGGAGUCCGAAAUAAAAAAGAGGACAAUUAGGAAACUGGACCUUGAAAUAAAAAAACUUGAGAGGGAGGUGAGAUAUGCCUUCAAUGUACACUGUAUGCUAACUGUAACACAAAUGUAUUAAUCAUUAUUUGUAUUUCCUCCCCCAGCUCCAAGAAGAUGACACAGCUCAAAAUAAAAAUUAGGUAUAUUCUCGUAAAGUCAAGUGAGCCAUGACAUAUGAGCUCUUAUUGUGAGCACACAGGACGGUGGCAUCUUUCUAAGGUUUUUUUUUAUUUUCCCAGCAAUCAGUACAACCAAGUCAUCGUUAUAAGGCAUCGCCCUCUUUUGCCCACCCCCCCAGCACCAGGUGUGGCCACUAGCCUAUAUGAAGGCCCAAAAUUGUGUGUUCCUUUCUGCUCUGACAAUGGCAUGCCCAUUCGUGCGAGAUGUGGUGGAUGAAGAAGCACUUGUGCUGAGGAGAGCCUUCAGGCGAGAAAGGGUCUUCAGGGACCGGUUGGACCCACUGGCCUUCCCUGACGACCAUCUAUAUGAAAGAUACAGGUUUUCUGCAGAUGGCAUCAGGUAUCUAUGCAGACUACUGGGUCCCAGGAUUAAGCACCGCACUGCAUGGAGCCAUGCACUGAGUGUGGAGCAAAUGGUUUGUGUGGCCUUGCGCUUUUUUGCUAGUGGAGCCUUCCUGUACUCAGUGGGGGAUGCAGAACAGCUGAACAAGGCCACAAUUUGCCGCACAAUAAGGAGUGUGUGUCUGGCUAUCAAAGCAUUAGCAGAUGUCUUCAUCUCCUUCCCUGGCCACAGAAGACUCUGUGACAUCAAAGAGGAGUUCUAUAGGAUUGCAGGUUUCCCCAAUGUCAUUGGUGCAGUGGACUGCACACACAUAAGGAUAAAAGCCCCUCAGGUGCCCAUGAGGCCGAUUUUGUGAAUAGGAAAUCCUUUCACAGCAUUAAUGUUCAGAUGGUCUGCAAUGCUGACUGUGUGAUCAGCAAUGUUGUGGCAAAAUGGCCUGGCUCAGUCCAUGACUCCAGAAUCUUUCGGGCCUCUGAAAUCUAUCAGUGCCUAUCACAAGGUGAAUUCUCUGGUGUGUUGCUGGGAGACAGGGGGUAUGGCUGCCAGCCUUUUCUCCUGACACCUUUCACAGACCCCCAGGAAGCACAGCAGGCCUACAACCAUGCCCAUGCCAGGACCAGGGCCAGAGUUGAAAUGACCUUUGGCCUCCUGAAGGCACGCUUUCACUGCCUUCACAAAUUAAGGGUCAGCCCUGUUAGGGCAUGUGAUAUUACUGUGGCUUGUGCUGUCCUCCACAAUGUGGCCUGCCUGAGGAAGGAGAGGGCCCCCAGAGUGCCACCAGCCAUGGACUGGGAUAAUCCGGCAAUCUUCCCUGAUGACGACAGUGGUCGGCUGCUGAGGGACCAAUAUGUGUUGAAUUAUUUUAGUUAGUAUGUGUGCUUUCAAUUUUGGUUAAAUAUGU